UCUCAGAAUCGGCUCUGUUCACUCAUUAGUUUAAGUAUGAGGCUUUGCUCCUGAAAGUGCCAACGGUCUCGCCGUCGUCACCUUUCCGGUGGAAGUGGAACCAAUGAUUACGAAAAACCUGUUCGAUCGAGCCACACACGCGCGAUGAUGAUCCUCUUGAGCGCUUUUACAACCUCUUAUAACCACUUUCCCUGUUUUGGUCUUCUAUUUCUUCUUCUUCUUUGGGGAUAUGAUUAUGAUUGAUCCAUUCUAAGUCAGUUGACCAGUCACUGAGGUCACCCUGUUUCUUGGCGUGGCUACCAAUUGGUACCACUAUAGAGAGAUCAGUGAUGAACUGAUGAUGCCAUUUCACAUCAUACAAUGAUUUGCUCAAGAAAACUUAAAUGUUUCAUUUGAUUAAACUGUAAACUUUUGUUCAAUUGCAUAAUAGGUAGAAGAAUCAUAGUUUAAGUAAUGAAUUAGAUAGAUCUCAAAGCAGCACCAGAAUCUGAGAAGAGCACUAGGCUUUGUACAUGUUGAAACUUUGUAACUCUUAACUAUUACCCUCAGUAGAAUACAUCAGUGGUUUGUUUGGAAAAAGUUAAUUGUGGGCCUAAACCAUUUAAAGAAUCGAAGAAACAAUUAUGAAAGAUGUCAACUUUGGGAAUAAAGUUUGUGCCUUUGUGGUUCUCAAUUCAGCUUUCUCUAAGUUUGUGACAGCAACAAACUGAUGUGGAGUUGUGUCUUGUUUUUGAUCAAGAUUGUGACUUUUGUGGUGGGAUUAUUCCAAAUAAACCAGUUUAGUCUUCUUAGGUUCUGUUGUCUGCAAUUAUUGGUACUGAGAUCUUUUAUUAAUUUGAGAACUCUUAUUGGAAACUAUUCCAAGAUAAGAAAGUUGCUUCUUUUCUAUCUCAUUGGUAUUCUCAGUUGGAACUGUUUUUGUUUUGGGAGAAGAAACCAACUGGAUUUUAAACUAAGUUUGUUUUCUUGGAGAUGGAGCUUAGCUUUGUUUGGACCAUACGGCCACUUGUGUGGUAGUUCGACUUUGAUUGAUUGUUACUCUUUUUCUGUGUCAGCAUCAUGCUUGAGAGUUGACAGAGAUGGAGAGGCAGAAUCAUCACAAGUUCUGAAAAAGGACAAAACCUUUUUCUGAUGCAACUCACGUUUUCACUUCACAAGCUCCAAAAGAGUUUACUUGGGAAAACAAAAGUUUGACGGAUGCAAAACUAAUUUUGUUAGCAUAAGACCAAAACCCACUCCUUCUUCUGCCUCCUUGCGUGUAUUUGAGUUGCUAUUAUUUUGAGAGAGAGAAAGAGAGAGAAAAUGUCUACUUGUUUGCUGUGUCUUGUGUUACUGUUCUUCUCUGUUGUUGCAGAAGCAACUUACACACCUGGAGGUUUCCACCAUCUUUCUUCUCUAAGACAAAAGAAGAAGGCCUCCAAGUCAAAGCCAGAGUUACCUUUUGAGACUCGUUACUUCCCUCAGAAUCUUGACCAUUUCAGUUUCACACCAGAGAGCUACAAAGUCUUCCACCAGAAGUACCUCAUCAACAACCGUUCCUGGCGCAAAGGUGGCCCCAUCUUUGUCUACACCGGAAAUGAAGGAGACAUCGACUGGUUUGCUUCAAACACCGGUUUCAUGUCCGAUAUUGCUCCCAAGUUCCGGGCUCUUCUUGUUUUCAUUGAGCACCGGUUCUAUGGAGAAUCAACGCCAAUUGGGAAGAAGUCGCAUAAGUCAGCUGAGACAUUGGGUUACCUAAACUCUCAGCAAGCGUUGGCUGAUUUUGCGAUCCUGAUAAGAAGCUUGAAGCAGAAUCUAUCGUCCGAGGCAUCGCCUGUGGUUGUCUUUGGUGGCUCUUAUGGUGGAAUGCUUGCAGCGUGGUUCAGGCUCAAGUAUCCCCAUAUAGCAAUCGGUGCAUUGGCGUCAUCCGCUCCAAUACUUCAUUUUGAUAACAUUGUGCCAUUGACGAGCUUCUAUGACGCCGUUUCUCAGGAUUUUAAGGAUGCGAGUAUUAAUUGUUUUAAAGUCAUCAAGAGAAGCUGGGAAGAGCUAGAUGCAGUCUCAACUAAGAAAAAUGGCUUGCAAGAACUCAGCAAAAAGUUCCGAACUUGCAAAGGCCUUCAAUCUAUAUAUUCAGCCAGCAAUUGGUUAAGUGGAGCAUUUGUUUAUACAGCCAUGGUUAAUUAUCCAACUCCAGCUAACUUCAUGGCGCCACUGCCUGGUUAUCCCGUGGAGCAGAUGUGUAAGAUCAUCGACGGAUUCCCUCGAGGAUCCAGUAAUCUUGACCGUGCCUUUGCUGCUGCAAGCUUAUACUACAACUAUUCAGGAUCAGAAAAAUGCUUUGAGAUGGAACAACAAACUGAUGAUCAUGGACUCAAUGGAUGGCAAUAUCAGGCGUGCACAGAGAUGGUGAUGCCAAUGAGCUGCUCGAACCAGAGCAUGCUCCCUCCGUAUGACAAUGACUAUGAGGCAUUCAAAGAACAGUGCAUGAGUAGAUACGGAGUCAAGCCUCGACCCCAUUGGAUCACAACCGAAUUUGGCGGAAUGAGAAUAGAGACAGUAUUGAAGAGAUUCGGAAGUAACAUCAUAUUCUCCAAUGGAUUGCAGGAUCCUUGGAGCCGUGGAGGAGUUCUGAAGAACAUUUCAAGCAGCAUCGUCGCGCUUGUGACCAAGAAAGGAGCUCACCAUGCAGAUCUCAGGGCUGCUACAAAAGGUGACCCGGAGUGGCUGAAAGAGCAGAGGACACAAGAGGUUGCCAUUAUAGAGAAAUGGAUCAGUGAGUAUUACAGAGAUUUGAGAGGAGAAAAUUAGUAAAUAGAAGAGUAAUAGAAGCCAAAGAAAAGGUUUAUUGCACUAAAUCAGCAAAUAAAGACAUUUGUGUACUGUGUUUUGUUAUUCUUGUAACAAAGUAAAAGUUACACUUUUGUCAUUGAAAGAUGUGGACAGUUUCAUGUAGUUACGAAAAGAUGUGAGGCAGUUUCGUUAUUGUCGAAACAUGUAAGGAUAUCUCAUAAAUCACGAAAGAUGUGAGACAAUUUCGUAAAUACCGAAAGAUGUGGGCAAUU